UUGUACACGUYCCAGCCUCUCGGCUCCUUUCUGAGCUUGGCAUUUUCGGCAUUGCCAAGCCAUGUGCCAGUCCAGUGCAGACAGAGCCCUGUCGUGCUAAUAACCCAACUUCUCAACCCAAACGGUGCCACCGGGCCCCAAGAAAGCAGAUUCCAGCCCAAACCACAGCUGUGGGAAGGCCACCGGAGGAGCUCCGUUUACUGACUGCUCUGCCAACUAAGUUUGGUUUUCCAGUGGAUGUCCAGAGGAGACAUGGCCAAACCCCUGCUGGGCCAUGGGAGCACGGAGGGUGACUGCAGCCCCGCGCCGCCRGCCGGCCGCACCGUGGGGGUGCUGGGCAGUGGGGACUUUGCCCGGUCCUUGGCCAUCCGCCUGGUGUGCUCGGGCUUCAAGGUGGUGGUUGGCAGCCGCAACCCCAAGAGGAAAGCCAGCCUGUUCCCUGCUGCAGCAGAGGUCACCUCCCAGGCUGAGGCGGUCAAGAAGGCAGAUGUCAUCUUUGUGGCGGUUUUCAGGGAACAUUACUCCACCCUCUGCGACCUGGCUGACGUGCUGGCGGGCAAGAUCCUGGUGGAUGUCAGUAACAACACCGAGAUCAACCAUCACAAAGAAUCCAACGCGGAGUACUUGGCCUCCCUGUUCCCAGCCUGCGCCGUGGUAAAGGGGUUUAAUGUGGUUUCUGCGUGGACGCUGCAGUCGGGUGCCAGRGAUGGAAAUAAGCAGGUUCUGAUCUGCUCAAAUAACCAAGAAGCCAAGCGCACYGUGGCAGAAAUCGCUCAAGUCAUGGGAUUCACCCCAGUGGACAUGGGCUGCAUGUCGUCAGCCUGUGAGAUCGAGAACAUUCCCCUGCGCCUCUUGCCAGCCUGGAAAAUCCCCAUCUUUUUGGCUCUGGGGCUUUUUGUUUGCUUCUUCACCUACAACCUGAUCCGGCAGGUCAUCCACCCUUACAUCAGGGAGCAGAAGAACAAGUUGUACAAGAUCCCCAUCGAGGUGGUCAACACCACGCUGCCGUGCGUGUCCUACGUCAUGCUGUCCCUCGUCUACCUGCCGGGGGUGCUGGCAGCCUGCUCCCAGCUCUACUACGGCACCAAGUACCGGCGUUUYCCGGACUGGCUGGACCAGUGGCUCCAGCACCGAAAGCAGAUCGGCCUCCUGAGCUUCUUCUGCGCCGCCCUGCACGCCGUGUACAGCCUCUGCCUGCCCAUGCGCCGCUCCCACCGCUACCUGCUAAUCGACACAGCCGUCAAGCAGGCUGUGGAGAAGAAGAUGACAAUCUGGGUAGAGGAGGAAGUCUGGAGGAUGGAGAUUUAUAUCUCUGUUGGAAUAAUUGCCCUGGGCUUGCUGUCGUUACUUGCCAUCACUUCACUUCCAUCCAUCGCAAACUCUCUCAACUGGAGGGAAUUCAGUUUCAUUCAGUCCUCCCUGGGAUUCAUUGCCCUGGUGAUCAGCACCCUGCACACGCUCACCUACGGCUGGUCCAGGGCGUUUGACGAGAGCCAGUACAAAUUCUACCUGCCCCCGACCUACACCCUCACACUGCUCGUCCCCUGCACUGUCAUCAUUGCAAAAAUCAUCUUCAGCUUGCCCUGCAUCCAGCACAGACUUCUGCGGAUCAGGAGGGGCUGGGAGAAGGGGAGAUACGUCAAGUUUGUUCURCCCAGCACUACAGGGGAGUUUUCAAGCGGGGAAACCUCCAGCAAUGUCUGACAGCCCCAGCCGUGACAGUGGAUUGCGAAGCACUAUCAACAUUUCUAUAAAGGUGUUUCUUUUUCUUAAAUAUGUGUAUGUUUUGGUAUAAUGGUAUUGUGGAUAAAAAAAAAAUAAAAUUUGGUGACUUUAGAAAAUGGAUGACCAUCAAACUAGGUUAGACAGUAGUAGUUAAAUUAUAUUGCUGAUUUGCUAGGACAAUUAUUGCCUUAAAAAUGACUGUGAAAGCCAAGCUAGCAGCAGUAAUAUACAYGGGAAACUGAUGGACUCUGUAGUCAGAUCAGUCACUUGAGGUGCUGGCUGGCAGCUCCCCAAACCAGUACUUCUCGGUUGCUUUCCUAGCUGCUCUCAUAAAUUUCAAUGCCUUUUUUUAAAUACAAAGUUGCACACAUUUUCUGGGGUUUAUGACAGCAAAGAUACCCUGCCUCUUGAGUGUAUGGAUCAAUCAAGGCAGUGAGGUUUAGAAUGAUCAAUUGCCUCUGGUUUUGUUUUCCUCAAUGAACUCUGUGGGCAAGUCAGAACAGCAGUAUCCGUGUUAUUGUGACAGCAGAUUUUACUAAAAUCAUCAAAUCUGACAGCAAGCCCGGUGUCCCUGUUCUCUCAAAUACAGACAGCUCUUCUGGUCCUGGAAGCUGUGCCUGGUGCAUGUUUAUAAGCUGAGGAAAUAAAGCACCUUUUGCAGCAGUAUGAAAGCAUUUGAGAGAGAGACAUCCCCAGCAGCAGACGUCUGGUCUGCACUGCUGGCUCUGAGAUGACAGCUAUUGCUGCAUGCUCUCUGUCACACUGAGCCAAAGUUUCAAGCAGUAUUWGAUUGAAAUAGAGCGAGGAUAAUUAUUGGAAAGGCCUGCUGCCUCACAAAAUUACAUGGAGAAAACCAAGGCCUUCCAGCUGGCCUUACAUCAAAUAAUAUGGCGAAGCUUUUAGAGAUCGCUGUCACCUGAACAUUCYCAUUUAAGCAAACAAAACAGCAGCUCUAAACCCACUGGUUUCACUAGCAAUAAUAAGAUCUUUGAAGAGUCAUGCAAAGAGAUCAGCAAGUCUUGACCACAGCAUGAAAACACAGCAGUUGUACAUUUUGGGCACAGUCCUUGCACCUUAAAAAGCCACUUGCWGGAUCACAAAACAGGUAUGAAAUGCUCUCCUGACUUCAAGGAGUAGACAAGGCACAGGGCAAAGAACAUUUCUGCCCUUUUUUCAUGUUUCAGCUGUUGCUUUCUAUCAAAUUCUUGCUCUUUAUCAUAAUAAUCCUUUAGGUUUUGGACAUCCAAAUAUCCAAAUGGGCAGCCAUUCACUAAAGCUCAUUUAAAAGCAAGCAGUCAGGAUGACACAAGAAGACUACCUCAGUAAGGUCAGGUACAAGGACAUGCCUGGAGUGGCCUCAUUUUCCUACAGUUAAGGAAAAGACACUCAAUGUUCAGUAUUGCUUCGAGAAACAGCAGCUGUCAGCACCAAAUGGGGUACAGCUUGUGGGACAAGGAAGCAUUUGUUACUGGACCAGUUAAUAUAAAGGGCAGGGGGGAUUAUCAGCUUUGGGGCAGGUAAGUUCUUCUAACAGCCAGCAUUGCUCCUGGAAGAGUUCUACACAGAAAAUCAUAAAAAUUCCCUGUUUAGCCUCGAGUAACUACACUGAGUAAUAUUCUCCAAAUAUUGCUCAUGUGGCCAGUG